GCUUGACGCCUCUCGGCCGCUAGUCGGCGCCAGGCGGAGCUCCUCUCCAGAAGGCGCGACGAUGGCAGCACAAGAUGGCCGCUAAAGGCACCGACGACGCGACCUGCGGCUCCGUCGCGCCCGCCGUGAGAGCCGGACCGGCCACGGUCACCGUGUCCGCCGUCAGCCUGGCGCUGAGCGCGCUCUCGCUGCUGCUGCUCGUCACCGCCAUCGGCACCGACCACUGGUACGAGACCGACACCCGCCGCCACAAGGACAACUGCGACCGGCACGGCUCCGACUCCAACGGGCAGAAGAACCGCGAGAUGCCCAUCUUCCACCUGCCCCUGGUGGACACGAGCACGCGCGACGUAGCGCUGAUGAAGCCCGUGCACGUGGGCAGCCGGGAGGAGGAGCUUCUGGAGAACUGGCGCGCCAUCCUGGGCAUGGGCAUCCUGGAGACGGAGUGCGGCCGCCCGCUCUUCUCCACGCACUCCGGCCUGUGGAGGAAGUGCUACUUCCGCGGCGUGGACGCCGACAUCGACAAGCUCAUCGACAGAGGUAUCGCGGAGCGCUGCACGGCGGUCAAGUACCAUUUCUCUCAGCCAAUCAGAUUGAGGAACAUCCCGCUCAACCUGACCAGGACCAUCCAGCAGGACGAGUGGCACCUGCUGCACCUGCGGCGCAUGACAGCGGGCUUCCUGGGCAUGGCGGCGGCGGUGCUCCUGUGCGGAGGCAUCGUGACGUCAGUGGGCUUCUUCUGGGAGGGAAGUCUGACACAGCACGUGUCUGGUCUGCUCUUCCUCAUGGCAGGGGUCUUCUGCACCAUCUCUCUGUGCACCUAUGCGGCCAGCGUGACCUACGACCUCUCCAGGAACCCCCCCUUCAUCUACGGCAUCCCCCAGGACGUAGACCAUGGUCACGGGUGGUCUGUGCACUGUGCCUGGGCCAGUCUGGCUCUCAGCGUGGCGUCCGGCUGCCUCGCCGCCAUCUUCCCCUCCUGCAGCCGCUCGGGACGUCUGCGCUCCAAAGCGGCCCGCGCCUCCUCCGUCUGACUCCGCCCCUCGCUGAGGCUUUUCUCUUGUUUGCACGGUUACCAUGGUGACGUCCCGCUACUGACUAUUACGCAACCAGCAGAUCACAUGACCGGAAGAUGGCCUGCCUGUAAGUGUGUGCGUGUGUAAAUAGUGUUGAUGACGUCAUCACACACCUGAACUUCUACUAGUGUGCACAUACUGCAGUUACCAUGACAACGCAGCACCUUUAAUCACCCGCACGCCCCUUAAAGGGACAACAUCAUUCUUAUCUUCACCUUACAGUCAACUGACCCUACACUUGGUACUACUGCAGUAAUACUACUAGUACUACCCCUGUUAUACUAUUGUAAUAUUACUGCUAAUACUACUAAUACUAUUGUAAUAUUACUGGUAAUACUACUAAUAUUACCAAUGUAAUACUACUAGUACUACCGCUGUAAUACUACUAGUACCACCCCUGUUAUACUAUUGUAAUAUUACUGGUGAUACUACUAAUACUACCAAUGUAAUACUACUAGUACUACCCCUGUAAUACUACUUCUGUAAUACUAAUGUAAUGUUACUGGUAAUACUACUAAUAUUACCAAUGUAAUACUACUAGUACUACCGCUGUAAUACUACUAGUACCACCCCUGUUAUACUAUUGUAAUAUUACUGGUAAUACUACUAAUACUACCAAUGUAAUACUACUAGUAUUACCCCUGUAAUACUACUCCUGUAAUACUAAUGUAAUAUUACUGGUAAUACUACUAAUAUUACCAAUGUAAUACUACUAGUACUACUGAUGUAAUACUACUAGUACUACCGCUGUAAUACUAUUGUAAUAUUACUGGUAAUACUACUAAUACUACCAAUGUAAUACUACUAGUACUACCGAUGUAAUACUACUAGUACUACCGCUGUAAUACUGCUUCUGUAAUACUAUUGUAAUAUUACUGGUAAUACUACCAAUGUAAUACUUCUAGUACUACCCCUGUAAAACCACUAGUACUACCGCUGUAAUGCUACUAGUACUACUGCUGUAAUGCUACUAGUACUACUAUUGUAAUACUACUGGUGUAAUACUACUGAUGUAAUGCUACGAGUACUACUGCUGUAAUACUACUAGUACUACUGCUGUAAUACUACUAAUACUACUACUGUAAUGUUACUAGUACUACUAUUGUAAUACUAUUAGUACUACUAUUGUAAUACUACUGGUGUAAUACUACUGAUGUAAUGCUACUAGUACUACUGCUGUAAUAUUACUAGUACUACUACUGUAAUACUACUAGUACUACUGAUGUAAUACUACAAGCACUACUGCUGUACUACUAUUAAUAUUACUAUUGUAAUACUACUAGUACUACUGCUGUAAUACUACUUGUACUACUGCUGUAAUGCUACUAGUAUUACUGCUGUAAUACUACAAGCACUACUGCUGUACUACUAUUAGUAUUACUAUUGUAAUACUACAAGCACUACUGCUGUAAAACUACCACUGUUAUACUACUAGUAAAAAUAAUGGAUCAGAUUUAUAUAGCACUUUUCUCGACACUGAAAGCGCUGCACAGAGAAGUGAGAAGACAUCAUUCACAUUCACACCUGCUGCUACUGGUGGUGAUGAUGCUGGUAGUGGUAGUGAUGGUGCUGGUGGUAGUGAUGGUGCUGGUGGUAGUGAUGGUAGUGGUGGUGAUGGUGCUGGUGGUAGUGAUGGUGCUGGUGGUAGUGAUGGUGGUGCUGGUAGUGAUGGUGAUGCUGGUGGUGGUGGUAAGCUACAUUUGUAGCCACAGCUGGCCUGGGGUAGACUGAAUGAAGCGUACUAGUGGCAGUCAGCCCCAUCCUUCAUUCACCAGUGAAGUGUUCUGCCCAAAGACACUUUGGCAGUGAUUUGGAUGGCAAGAGGCGGGGAGCGAACCUGCAACCCUCAGGUUUCUGGCACGGCUGCUCUACCCACUACACCAUACCGUGCCCUGCCGCCCUAAACUUAUUAGUACUAUAAAUAGUACUAAUACUACCCUUGUAUUACUAGUAGUACUACUGUAUUCCUACUGCUGCUGCUGUGUUACUAGUAUUACAGUUGUGUUACUAGUAGUACUACUGUAUUCCUACUGCUGCUGCAUUACUAGUAUUACAGUUGUGUUACUAGUAGUACUCAUGCUGUCUUAUUGUUACUAGUAACACUACUGCACUGUGACUAGUACUAGCACUACUAACUGCACUAGUGUUACUAGUAACAGCAACAUUAUUACUGUUACUAGUAACACUAGUGCAGUUAGUAGUGUGGCUAGUACUAGUCGCAGUGCAGCAGUGUUAGUAGCACUAGUAAGCAUGCAGUAGUACUAGUAACAGUGCAGCAGUGUUAGUAGCACUAGUAAGCGUGCAGCGGUGUUAAUAGUACUAGUAAGCGUGCAGUAGUACUAUUAACAGUGCAGCGGUGUUAGUAGUACUAGUAAGCGUGUAGUAGUACUAUUUACAGUGCAGCAGUAUUAGUAAGCGUGCAGCAGUGUUAGUAGUACUAGUAAUCGUGCAGCAGUGUUAGUAGUACCAGUAAGCAUGCAGCAGUAUUAGUAGUACUACUAAGCGUAAGCGUGCAGCAGUGUUAAUAGUACUAGUAAGCGUGCAGUAGUACUAUUAACAGUGCAGCAGUAUUAGUAAGCGUGCAGCAGUGUUAGUAGUACUAGUAAGCAUGCAGCAGUGUUAGUAGUACCAGUAAGCAUGCAGCAGUAUUAGUAGUACUAGUAAGCGUGCAGCAGUGUUAAUAGUACUAGUAAGCGUGCAGCAGUGUUAAUAGUACUAGUAAGUGUGCAGUAGUACUUUUAACAGUGCAGCAGUAUUAGUAAGCGUGCAGCAGUGUUAGUAGUACUAGUAAGCGUGCAGCAGUUGUUAGUAAUACUUACUAGUAAGUGUGCAGCAGUGUUAGUAGUACUUACCAGUAAGCAUGCAGCAGUAUUAGUAGUACUAGUAAGUGUGCAGCAGUGUUAGUAGUACUUACCAGUAAGCAUGCAGCAGUAUUAGUAGUACUAGUAAGUGUGCAGCAGUGUUAGUAGUACCGGUAAGUGUGCAGCAGUGUUCAUAGUACUUACUAGUAAGCGUGCAGUAGUACUAUUAACAGUGCAGCAGUAUUAGUAGUACUAGUAAGCGUGCAGCAGUGUUAGUAGUACUUACUAGUAAGUGUGCAGUAGUACUAUUAACAGUGCAGCAGUAUUAGUAGUACUAGUAAGCGUGCAGCAGUGUUAGUAGUACUUACUAGUAAGCGUGCAGUAGUACUAUUAACAGUGCAGCAGUAUUAGUAGUACUAGUAAGCGUGCAGCAGUGUUAGUAGGACUUACUAGUAAGCGUGCAGUAGUACCAGUAAAGAGGUGUAGUACUGAAGGAUCUGAUGUAAAUAAAAGCAGGUAAAAGUUUUCCAAAACAAAGAUUGUAUUUCUGCUUCUUUAACUUAUUGUCCGCCAUGACUGUACAUUGCUGUAAACGUGCAAAGUGUGAAGAUGAUCAACCAUGACUUGUUCUCAGGCCAAUAGAUCACGUGACUUGGAUCAGUCAUCAAUAAAGUGAUCUUCGAUGAGAA